AUGGCCGCCGCCGGGUGUGGCGGCGGCGUCGACGGCGAUGCCAAGUACAACUCGUACAAGGCGCCGGGGCUGCGGGGCGCGUUGCUGGAGGCGGCGCACGUCUCCUGCCUCGAGGACCGGUACGCGCUGGGCCCCCAGCUGGGGUUGGGCCAGUUCGGCGUGAUCCGAUCCUGCUCUGACCUCGUCACCGGCGAGGCGCUUGCCUGCAAGUCCAUCGCCAAGGGCCGCCUCCUGUCCUCCGACGACGUGCGCGUCGUGAAGCUCGAGAUCGAGGUCAUGGCGCGCCUCGCGGGCCACCCAAACGUCGUCGACCUCAAGGCUGUGUACGAGGACCGCGACUCCUUGCACCUUGUCAUGGAGCUCUGCGUCGGUGGGGAGCUCUUCCACCGCCUCGAGGAGCGCGGAUGCUUCUCCGAGCACGAGGCCGCCGUGCUGUUCCAAUACCUUAUGGAGGUCGUCGCGCAUUGCCACAGCAAAGGGAUCGUGCACCGGGACCUCAAGCCCGAGAACAUCCUCCUCGUCAGCAAGUCGCCCUCAUCGUCGAUCAAGCUCGCUGACUUUGGACUCGCUACCUACAUCCGGCCUGGUACGGUUCGUGUCUGGUCAAUGAUUCAAUUCUAUGGAAGACACACUUAG